UAAUUCAGCCAGAGGAACAAGAUGGCCGCGAUGGCGGAGUGACCUUAGUGCUGGCAGGCGGGCGGCCGCCGGCGCAGGCGGGAGUGAGCCGGCGGAAGGAGAACGGCCAGCCCAGCCGCUGGCCUCUUCCAACUCCAGGACGUCUCCUAGAAGCAUCUCCACCGAGACUGCUGAUCCUGGAACCGCAGAGCCGCCGGCGGACUCUGGCAGUGGGCUUGAGGCUGCCUCUACUGGGUAGCCUUCAGCCUUCAGGAUCUGAGCAUCCUGGUCUCCACUUUUUCCCGCCGGCCAGCCGCCUCCCCAGCCUCCCCAGCUCUCCCCCUUCCAUCUUCAGGCUAUGGCCAUGGCGCACAAGAAAGGCUCUAAGAACUCCGAAUUAGUUUUCGGAGGUAAAUAUAAGCUAAUGAAGAAGAUCGGGGCCGGCUCCUUCGGGAAGAUCUACCUGGCGGUCAACGUUUCCAACGGUGAGGAGGUGGCGGUGAAGAUGGAGUCCCAGAAGGCCCGGUCGCCCCGGCUGCUGCAUGAGAGCAGGCUCUACAAGGCCCUUCAGGGUGGGGUGGGCAUCCCCCACAUGCGCUGGUAUGGCCGGGAUAAAGGCUACAACGUGCUGGUCAUGGACCUCCUCGGCCCCAGCCUCGAAGACCUCUUCAAUUUCUGCUCCCGCAGGUUCACGAUGAAAACCGUGCUCAUGCUAGCCGACCAGAUGAUCAGUAGAAUCGAAUACGUACACGCAAAGAACUUCAUACACAGAGACAUCAAGCCAGAUAACUUCCUCAUGGGGACCGGCCGUCAUGCCAAUAAGCUAUUCCUUAUUGACUUUGGUUUGGCCAAGAAGUACCGAGACAACAAAACCAAGCAGCAUAUCCCCUACCGAGAAGAUAAAAAUCUCACCGGCACUGCCAGGUACGCCAGCAUCAAUGCACACCUUGGCAUUGAGCAGAGCCGCGGAGAUGACCUGGAGUCCAUAGGGUACGUGCUUAUGUAUUUUAACAGGACCAGCUUGCCCUGGCAAGGACUCAAUGCUGCAACAAAGAAACAAAAGUAUGAAAAGAUCAGUGAAAAGAAGUUGUCCACUUCUGUUGAGAGUUUGUGUAAAGGGUUCCCGGCAGAAUUUGCCAUGUAUCUCAACUAUUGCAGGGGCUUACGUUUUGAAGAAGCACCAGAUUAUUUGUACCUGAGGCAACUUUUCCGGGCCCUUUUCAAGACUCUGAACCAUCAAUACGAUUAUACAUUUGAUUGGACAGCAAUGAAACAGAAUAGUUCCCAGCCAGCAGCCUCAUCCAGUGGGCAGGGUCAGUAGGUUUAAGCCCUCAGGGAUUUCUAAGCCUAAAGAUGAACAGAUGAAGUAGAGCAGAUCAUUGGAGCAGAAUUUGCUGCUCCUCAAAUGUAGAAGUUUUAGUUCAUAUGUGCACUUGCCAGUGGUUGUGGGCAACCAUUUACUUGAUGUAAAGAAUUUAAUUUCAUUAUAAACUGGCUCUGGGUAGUUGUAGCCACCAUAAUUGUGAAUAUUAACUGAGAGAAUGAAACAUGAUGUUCAGUUUUUUGUUUCAUUUUUUAAGUGAAAAAAAAUUAAAUGUUUGACACAAGUGUUGGAGAAA